UUCUCUCUCUCUCUCUCUUUCUUUUCUCUCACUCACUUUCAUUACUCCCGGAGCCUUAUAUAAGGAACUCCACUACCGACUGGGCGCGCGAAACGCAAGAUGACUACUAUAGCUAAACAAACUCUUUUUACUACAAUAUUUGUCGGCCUAACCGCCACCCUGUGCGCUGCCACCUAUCUGGGCGGCUACUACGGCGCUGGACAUUACGGCUAUUCUAGUCGUGGUUUGGGACACUAUGGCGGCUAUUACGGCGGUGGUGGCUAUCCGAAAGGCUACGGUUUGGGCAAAUAUUAUACUACUGGUCACUAUAGCUACCCGACCGCUUACUAUGGCAAAACUAUUGCCUAUCCGUCGACAUACCAUUCCUAUUAUCCGAGYUACAGUCAUGCCUACUACUAUCGGCCAAAAGUGACGUACGCUGCCUAUCCGCGCGCCUAUUACGGCCACUAUAGCUAUCCUAAAUACGGAAACUAUGGUUACGGUGCCGGUAUCUAUGGCGGCUAUCACGGUGGCUACGCGUCCGCAUUGUACGCACCGAAAGUGGUCACCACAGCUGUUGUAGUGCCCACAUACGCAGGCCAUGGCUACGGYGGAUACGGUUACGGUGGACUUGGCGGCUACGGUCUAGGAAAGGGCUACUACGGCGGCCACUAUUUGGGCGGUUUGGGCUACGGAAAGGGAUUAUACUUAAAGAAAAAGAAAUAGUGAUUAAAAAAUGAUUUGUUUUUUAUACGUUGGACUAAAUGUUGAUAAAUUUUUUUAUAAAAUAUAUUUAAUAUAUAGCUUUAUAUUUUAUAA